AUGCGCCCCCGCUCCACCUCAGCCACAUCCUCAGGCUCGUCACGUCUCCGACGCUCCUCGUCGUGGCUGACCUCGCUGAGACACAAACGCACACCAUCAGGCAACGGAAACCCUCCCUCGUCCUGGACGACAUCUCCUUCCUCUCCGCACCGCGAUGCCAACUCUUACGGGGUGGACGAAAACGACUCCAGCACAGCCAUUCCAUCCGGUGCGCCGCAGCAUCACAGCGCGCAAGUUGGUGAAGGCUCCCCAACAGCAGGUACGACAGACAGCCCGCGGACCGCCGCCGAGUCUGGCAGCUCGGGGCUUGCAAUCCCGAAUACCUCCCCUGGUGGGUCAGGUGCGCCAGGAAGCCCGACGAUGGUGACGUCCCCUGUCGCCAAGUCGCCAACGACGCCAGUCCGGGGCCCGACGUCUCCCUCCUCCCCGUCGGCCCACCUCGCGGUCCCCCACCAGAUUGGGCGGCCGCGCUCGCCCGUACCCGAGUUCCCGCCGCUGCCAGCCGCCCCUCCUCCCAAGGUCUUUGGUAUGGGGUACUCGGGAUCCCGGCGCGUGCCCAAGGUCCAGGACUACGCUGGCAUCAAGGAGAAGCACGAUCAGCAGGCGGAGGAAUACGGUCGUAUACUCCAGGAGCGCGAGGAGGCGAUGCGCAACAACGCCGAGCUCGCAAGUGGGAGCGUGUCUCCUGCGUCGGUCGAGCGCGCCAAUACCGUUGACCAGAGCGGAGACAAGAAAGCCGACACAGGCGCCGAUGAGAAGGCGCGCCUCAUGGAGCAGAUGAACGCCAACCAGGAGAAGCCGACCGAGCGAUUCAAGAAGCGGAACAAAGGCGAGCGUCGCGUGCGCGACCCCAUUACCGGACGGGCCAUCAUUGUCAAGGACGCCGAUCCCAAGGACUUCGACUCGUCUCACACAAGAAUCAUGGGCACAAACGUGCUCUACCACGACUUCCCGCCGCCGGCACCAAAGGGCAUGACCGAUAUCCUCGAAUACAUCGAGUCGGCUGAGAAGCUCGUCGCGGCUGGCUUCGUUGUCCUCUGGAUCCUCGUUUCGUGGGGCAGCACUUUCUGGGGCUUCUGCUUCCGGUCGGCGGUUGUCACCUGCUCCGGCAUCGCUGUCACCUCAUUCAUGUCACUCAACCGCAAGAACAUGGAAAAGGAGAUCAUGGCCGUGCGCCAGGACCAGCACCGCACACGUGGCAACGCCAUGGUGCCGCCGACUCCGGAGAGCGUCGAGUGGCUCAAUCACCUGGUCCAGCUUGUGUGGGGCCUGGUCGAUAGUACCAUGUUCAUCCCGCUCGCCGACACUGUCGAGGACAUUCUCCAGCAGUCGCUCCCAGGCUUUGUCGACUCUGUGCGGAUCACAGACAUCUCCCAGGGCGCCAACGCCCUACGCAUCACCAGCAUCCGUGCCCUCCCAGACCAACCGGGCGACAAGGGUUACCCGAAAACGGACUGGAUUGACGAUGGGGAGAACCUCAAGCUAAAGGACACGACGGGCAAGGAGAUCGAGGAAGACCAGGCGGGGGAUUAUUACAACUUCGAGGCAAGCUUCGCAUACUCUGCGCUUCCUGGACAGAAGGACCGCUCUAAGAACAUCCACAUGCUCAUUCAGUUCUUCCUCGGCAUGAACGACUGGUUUCAUAUCCCACUGCCGAUCUGGAUCCAGGUCGAGCAGAUCUUUGGCGUGAUCCGUCUUCGCGUCCAGUUCAUCCCUGAUCCGCCAUUUGUGCGCAACGUAACCUUCGCCCUCUGCGGUGUACCUGCGGUCGAGGUAUCGGCCAUCCCCAUGUCGCGUCGCCUCCCCAACGUGCUCGACCUGCCGUUUAUCUCAUCAUUUGUCAAGGACGGCAUUGCGGCCGGCACUGCCGAGCUCUCCGUGCCCAAAUCAAUGACACUCAACAUCAAGGAGAUGCUCAGCGGUGCCGUGGGUGACACGCACAACAUUGGCGUCUUCCUCAUCUCCGUACACUACUGCGUGGGCCUCUCGGCACAGGACAGCAAUGGCUUCUCGGAUCCGUACAUCGUCCUCGCGUACGCCAAAUACGGACGCCCGUUGUACUCAACACGCAUCAUCCUGCAGGACCUGAACCCCGUGUACGAGGAGACCGCCUUCUUGCUGGUGUCGAUGGACGAGGUGCGCAGUAAGGAGGAUCUUGUUGCCAUGCUCUGGGACAGUGACAAUAUGAGCGCCGACGACCUCGUGGGCCGUGUCCAGAUUCCCAUCGAGGAGCUCAUGUCCAAGCCCAACCAAAUGUACCGCCGCGAGGACAGCCUCAAGGGCUUCGAGGACGGGAACGAGAUGCCAGGCAAGCUCGUGUGGUCGAUCGGCUACUUUGAUCGCGUUCCGCUCGAGAAGAAGUACGAGCGCCUCCCGACCAUUGAGGAAUCCAAGGCGCAGCCCGCGCCCGUGUCUGCCCCGUCCAAGGAGAUGCUACCGAGUGACGCCGCGCCUAACCCGGCUCGCGACUUCCUGCCACCAGAGCCGCCUACCCUCGACAAGACGCGCCCCGAUCCCGAAUGGACUAGCGGUAUCCUGUCCAUCAUUCUCCACCAGGUCACAAACCUCGAGCGCCAGAAUCUCGAAGGCAAGAGCGGCAAGGACCGCGAGGGCGAGGCCGGACAGGACACCGAUGACCCCAGCGAGCAGACCCAGAACCUGCCCAGCGGAUACGGCGAGUUCAUUGUCAACGACGCGCUCGUGUACCGCACUCGCGUCAAGCAGUACAGCGUCAACCCCUACUUCGAGGCAGGUACAGAGGUGUUUGUACGCGACUUCCGCACGACCGAGGUACGCGUGGUGAUCCGCGACUCGCGCUUGCGUGAGUCCGACCCGAUAUUGGGAAUUGUGACCGUCGACCUCAUGGACGUGUUUUCCGAUUGCUCCAGCAUCAAGAAGAUGUACCCAAUCCAAGAGGGCGUUGGCUUUGGCAAAGCCAGCAUUUCGUUUGCGUUCCGUGGUGUCAAGGCGUCGCUGCCCGAGAACAUGCGCGGGUGGGAGACAGGUACACUCAACAUCAGUCGUGUGCGGCUGCGUGGCGACCCGGCCAAGCGUGACGUGUGGGAGGCGCGCGAGGUGACGCUCAGGGUCGAGACAAACGAGAGCGCCGAGCGGAUGAGCAAGCGCGAGGCACAGGAGGACGGCGGCGAGAUUGUGUGGGAUGGCGAGCCCCUCAACUUGCCCAUCUACAACCGUUACCAGGCACACGUGCGGUUCAAGUUUGGCUCGACGGGCCUUGGUAAGGUCAUCGGCAAGGGCAAGCCCGAAGCGAUAGCGAUAUUGUGGCUCCAGGACCUCACGGAUCUGAUGGAUGCCGAGGUCGAACUGCCGGUGCUCGUGUCAGACGACAUGAAGCAAUUGCAGCAGAAUUUGAUCAACGAUGAGACAUUCAAGACGCAUAAGUUCGAGAUCGUCGGCUUCAUCACGGCGCGUAUGGAGUUCUCGCCCGGCCUCGACCUGUACCACGAGAACCUGCGGCUGUCGCAGGGCCGCCGACAUGCGUUCCAGGCGUGGAUGGCUGUCGAGGGCGAGAGCGAGAUUGCGUUCCGCCAGCAGGCGUUUGACGACGACGGCGUCAUUGACCGUUCCGAGAGACGCGAGAUGAAGAAGCUGCACCGUCGCCAGCUCGAGAGCCGGGGUCGCGGCAUGGCCCAGGUCGGCGCGUACCGCAGUGCAAAGUGGAUCGGACGAGGCGUAAUGGACCGGCUCCCUGGCAAGAAGAAGACACGCGAGCCGACGAUCCUGACCGAGGCGUAG